AAUAUGUUAAGAUGAGUGUCAAUGGGUUGAUUAACACCAAGAGUGAUCAUCUAAAUAUGCUAGAUAGCUUGAAAACAAACAAAAAUGUUUAUCAUGCGGUCUUUGUCAAUGAAAAGCCAACGACUCCAGAGACUGAGGAGCUCGACAAUGAGCUCCAUGUGUAUCAAGACAAGCUAGACGCGUUGAAAGUAAUAAAAAAGUACAAAACAGGUAGACUGAAGACUUUCAGCAGCUGGGAGGAAGCUGAAAAAUACGCGAGGUAUGGAGACAGUCUUAACUACUCGGUUAAUGGGAGUAAUGUUGAUGGUAAAGUUGUUGCUGAAAAUUCGUGCAAACCUGUUGAUGAGAAAGGACCAAAUUUUAAAAGUCUGAAGCCUCAGGAACUAGUGGUGUUUCGAAAACUGAUUGAGACUGGAGACUUGGAAGGUGUCAAAAAUUGUAUUUGGGAGAACCCGAGGUAUUUAGUUGGUGUCAGUGGUAAUCCGACUAUUUUGCAGGAAGGACCACGUUACAAUGCACUCCAUGUUGCGACAUCAAAGAGUUCUGACGCGUUCAACAUGUGCAAAUUGGUUCUCGAUGUGAUAAGCGAUCCUAACUUCAUUGAAUUAAUUGAUGGCAUUGAAGAAACCGCAUCGUACGUAAACAAGAGCCAAGUAUUUAUCGAAGCAUUUUUAAACACUCCAAACAAAGGGCUGAACGAAACGCCACUCCACUUUGCUGUCAAGUACGGACUUAAAGACGUUGUAGCGCUUUUGGUUUCUUAUCCUCAGUGUUCUAGAACGGCCAAAAAUAAGCAUGGCCAAACACCGAUGGAGAUUAUAUGCGACAGAAAACCUCUGGAAGAUGAUGGAAAAUUGAUCCGAGAAAUCCGUGCACUGCUUGAAGAUCAAUAUUACGUUCCUGUGAUAAGGUCCGAAGACAAUUCACUGGCUCCGGCGAUUGGUGAACCAUUUUCUCCAGCAAGCCCACCGCGGCUGGUCAUUGACCCAAUCAGCCCGCGGUUAGAAGUAAAAGCUUUUGCGGGUCCAAUGACUAAGCCCCAAGCUCUGGAGUUUAGAAAAAAAUGGAAAACGCCACCCAGAAUGUUGUUUGGUACACCCAAACGUGAUACUUCGAUCAAUGACCCGCUUCACUUAGAAAAACUUGAUUGCAGGCUUAUUGAUCUUGAGAAAGGUUUGGAAAGAGUUGGCAGAGACUUAGCAGAAGAGUAUCACGUCUCAUGGAAAGAAUUCUGGCCAUUCUUAAACGAAUUUGCCGAUUUAAAAUCCACUAGUGGCCUAGAUAAACUAGAAAAGUAUUUAAGUAAACUACAGCGAUUUAAAACGAUAAAUUCUGUUAAACAAGGAAAAUCAUAUCCUAAGUUUAAGAGCAUUAAAAAUUUAUCUAAAGACUUUAAAACAGCAAAUUGUAUUCAGUCUGAUAAUAAGGACGACAUUGAUGAUAUAAAACCUAUAGACUUUUACAGUAAACAAGAGGAUGAGAAAAAUUUACUCAAUAAGUUUGAGAAUAAUUUUAUUGAUAAAAAAGAUAAUGAUAUGGAUGCGUUGAUUAAAAAUAUGGAGUUAUUGAUACUUAAUUCUCCUAAAAAUGUUGUUGCUGAGGAGAAAUUUUAUACGCCGCCUUCAUCGCCGUUGCCCUUUGAUGAUUAUUCGGAUUUUUCUGAAGACAGUAGUUCCGAAGACGAAAUGUUUAUGCCUUCAGAAGGGCAUCCAGUAUUUAUUCAAGGAUCCGUGCCAAGUAAAAUAGACAUUGCUGUUCUGAAUGCAUUACCGGAAACUAUUGAUCCUGAAGUUUACCCUCUUAUUUAUCAAUGGAAGCAUGAUUUACAAUUAGCAGUACGUAAAAAUGAUAUAAGUGUUAAUUUAAUUAUUGUUAUUGUUUUUGUGAUGGCUGGAGGCGUUUGUUUAAGUUGUAAAAUAAUUGAUCGCAUACGCGAUACAUCUUUGGAUAUCCGCGAAGAUUUUGGGUUGAAGUCACACAGUUUCGCGAUACGCUCCCACUCGGUUCCUGGCUCGACUUCUCCUGCUUCUGCUACGAAUUGUUUUUCAGCGUUUCUGUUGAAAAAAAUUUCUACAUUAAAU